GGAAGAAGAGGAGGAGGAGGGAGGGAGGGAGAGAGAGAGAGAGAAGAGAGAAAUGGAAGACUCUGAAAUGCAGACGGACGACGACACCGCCGGUCAGGUCAACCCCGAGAAGAAACGUGUUAGCUCAGAGCGGAGAAAGGAGAAGUCUCGUGAUGCUGCCAGGUGCCGAAGAAGCAAAGAAUCUGAGGUCUUUUAUGAGUUGGCCCAUCAGCUGCCAUUGCCUCACAGUGUCAGCUCUCACCUGGACAAGGCCUCCAUAAUGAGAUUGACCAUCAGCUAUCUGCGAAUGAGAAAAUUACUUAGUCCUAGGGAUGUUGAGGUGGAGCCUGAUCGAGAGAAACAGCUCAACAGCUUUUACUUGAAGGCCCUGGAGGGAUUUGUUUUAGUGCUGACACAGGACGGAGAUAUGAUCUACAUGUCUGAGAAUGUCAACAAGUAUAUGGGACUAACCCAGUUUGAACUGAUCGGGCACAGCAUCUUUGAUUUCACGCACCCUUGUGAUCAUGAGGAAAUGCGGGAAAUGCUCUCACACAGGCAGGGACUUCAGAAGAAGGGGAAGGACCAGAUCACAGAACGCAGUUUCUUCUUGAGAAUGAAAUGUACACUCACCAGCCGGGGCCGGACUGUCAACAUCAAAUCCUCGUCUUGGAAGGUGCUUCACUGCACAGGGCACAUUCAAGUACAUGAAGGCAGUGAUGAGCAGACCCCUUGUGGCUACAAGGAGCCACCCAUGACCUGUCUGGCAUUGGUUUGUGAACCUAUCCCACACCCAUCCAACAUUGAGGUACCUCUGGACAGCAAGACAUUUCUGAGUCGUCACAGCCUAGACAUGAAGUUUUCCUACUGUGAUGAGAGGAUAACUGAAUUAAUGGGAUAUCAACCAGACGAACUGCUGGGUCGAUCUGUCUAUGAAUACUACCAUGCUAUGGAUUCAGAUCAUCUGACUAAAACUCAUCAUGACUUGUUUUCUAAGGGCCAGGCCACCACAUGCCAGUACAGGAUGUUGUCCAAGGAAGGUGGUUACGUUUGGGUCGAGACUCAGGCUACAGUGAUCUACAACACAAAGAAUUCCCAGCCACAAUGCAUUGUCUGUGUGAACUAUGUUUUGAGUGGUGUUGUUGAAAAAGGGGUUGUCUUUUCACUGGAUCAGACUGAGAGUGUACCUGUAACUGAUGAGUCACCUGACACAAUUGAGACAACUGGCAAGAGCUAUAAUUCACCCACAGAUCAAGAAUCUAAUGAUCUUUUCAACAAACUGAAGGAGGAGCCUGAAGCUUUGACUCAACUUGCACCAGCUGCAGGCGACACAAUUAUCUCCUUGGAUUUCAGUCCUUCAGAUUCAGAAAUGCAGCAUUUCCCACUCUACAAUGAUGUCAUGUUACCAUCCUCAACAGAACAGAAGCCUGUAGAGUUGUCGCCCCUUCCUCCCUCUGACCCCACUAAGUCGCUGUGCAGCACCACGGACCCAGCCUUGAAUUUGGAAGCAAUUACCAAGCUUGAAACAAACCCAGAGUCACUGGAACUUUCAUUUACCAUUCCACAAAUGAAGGAGCAGCCUAAUAGCCCUUCCUGUCCCAGCACCAAUCAAAGCUCACCACAACCCAGCAGUCCAUCAGAAUACUGCUAUAAUGUUGAUACAGACAUGUCCAAUGUGUUUAAACUGGAUAUUGUUGAAAAGCUCUUUGCAGUUGACCCAGAGGCCAAAAACCCAUUCUCUGUUCAGGAUGUUGAUGGCUUGGAUUUGGAGAUGUUGGCUCCAUACAUCCCAAUGGAUGAUGAUUUUCAGCUUCGAUCAUUGGACCAACUUUCACCCCUCACAGAUAUUCAAGCCAGCCCACCUCAUUCACAGAGUGUAAGCAGUAUUGUGAACCUCUUCCAGUCAGCCCCAAAAUCUGCUAAGAACUCCACUGAGAAAUACGCACCAGCGUUAAAAAUUUCUUUGGAAAACACUGAGUCUCUCUCUGCAUCCCAGUCUUCCCCUUCUCCCCUGCACAUGAUGGAUGAAGUCAGUAGUACUCCAGGAUCACCGUACAGCAAACCAACCAGCAGAACCGCUUCUCCCGUCCGAACGAUUGGAAAAGGAUUGCUGUCUGAACAGAUGGAUGCUUCACGUUCAGGAAGUCCAAUGUCUCCAGUGAAACCAGUGCUGACUUAUAACAAAAGAUCUGCAGCAGGAGGAAACCUGCAGGAAGAGGUGGACGCCAAGUUGCUGUCUUUGCACAACUUGCAGCGGAAACGCAAGAUAGAAAAUGCAGCCUCUCUUUUUCAAGCCGCUGGAAUUGGGUUGUUGUCCCAGAAUGACAUUAUUCCUCCAGUGACAGCACCGCAGAUUUGGAAGCGUGCAAAAAGAUCUGAUACCACGAGCAUCGCAACUAAAGAAAAGACGUUGGCGUCGUUGCCCACAGUCUGA